GGUCGCUGCUGAGACAGAUUCGUGUAUCGUCUUCUCGAGGUGCAUGACGUAACGAAGUCGCCUGGCGCAGUAUUUCUUAGUGGCCAUUUUGUUUUCGACUACUACUGGCUGAUUAAGCAGUGCCCUAUAACAUCGCAAACAUGAAGUUCAAGCCGUCGGAAGCCUUGGAGGAACAGUUCGAUAGCGUACCCUUCGAUCCCAGAUUCCCCACCCAGAACCAGACCAGAUAUUGUUACCAGAGCUACUUAGACUUCCACCGAUGCAAGAAGAAGCACAGCGAGGAAUACGAUGCCUGCCAAUAUUUUAAGAAGAUCUACACGUCGUUAUGUCCAAUCGCCUGGGUAGACAAAUGGGAUGAGCAGGUCGAGGCUGGUUGCUUCGCUGGUCGCAUCUAGGUUUCCUAGCACGGCCAAUACAUUGGUACCGUCAACGGCAUCUAGUGUGUAUCAUCUUAGUGAAUUCUUCAAACGUUGUCGAACAGGUCUCUAAUUAUCAGUGUCAUUUCCUGUUUGUAAAAUAACUCAUACCUAAAUAAAUGAAUGACACUUC